GCAGCCAUACAAUAUGUUAUUCAUGGUCGCUGCUCUUUUUUGUGCUUUUUCAAUUACCAUUAAUGCUGAUGUUUUGCCGUUAUCUGUAAAAGGUAACCAGAUAUUGAUUGGUGGUGCACCAGGACGUCUCUCUGGUAUGAGUCUUUUCUGGAGCAACAAUGGAUGGGGUGGUGAACAUUUCUAUAACAAGAAAGUAGUAGAAUGGUUGAAGAAGGACUGGAAGGCUACAGUCGUACGUGCUGCUAUGGGAAUUGAAGAGUAUGGUGGGUAUUUACAAGAUCCCCAAAGCAACAAAGCCAGAUUGACGAAUGUCGUCGAUGCUGCGAUUGAAUUUGAUAUGUAUGUUAUCAUCGAUUGGCACUCCCAUCAUGCUCACCAAACUCCUGCUAUUGAAUUUUUCCAAGAAAUGGCAAGGACUUAUGGUGGCAAAAACAAUAUCAUCUAUGAACUCUGGAAUGAACCAAAGGAUGAUGUCUCAUGGAAAAAUAACGUAAAGCCUUACGCUCAAGCUCUGAUUGCGGCAAUUCGGGCUAUUGACAAGACAAACUUGAUUAUAGUUGGUUCACCCAGCUGGUCUCAGGAUGUUGACCAGGCUGCUUGUGACCCUAUUACUGAUUAUGAAAAUAUUGCAUAUACGCUACAUUUCUAUGCUGGAAGCAUUGGCCAUGGUCAAUGUUUGAGGGACAAAGCAAUUGAAGCACUUAACAAAAAUGUUUCCCUGUUUGUGAGCGAAUGGGGAUCCGUUAGUGUAGACGGCGGUCAUGUUAACUUAACUGAAGCCCAUGCUUGGGUUGAAUUUAUGAAAGCGAAUAACAUCAGCAACGCCAAUUGGAGUCUUAGUGCGAAGCCGGAAAAUGCUUCUGCUUUGAUACCGGGAGCGAGUGCUGAUGGAGGAUGGUGUGAAUCAGAUCUAACCGAGUCAGGAAAAUUUGUAAGAGAAAUUGUCAUGAACUGGUCUAAGUGA